GUCGAGCGUGAUGAAAAUUCGCGAUAAACGAGAUAAAUCGUUAAGUGACGAGAAAAAUUUGUACAAGGAAAAGAUAGAAGUAUUGACGCUGCUUGGACGACGAGCAAAACAUGAGGAACGACCAGACUUACAAGUUGAACAAUCACAACCACGACCGUUGAAUUUACGAUCAUCAGGCAGUUCGAAAACACGUAUAACCGGCACAGAAUUAGUAGAUAAGAUAGAGGAAUACGACCACGAAGACGACGUGCCACCGCCGUACACAGCUUCGCCUACUGAUUAUACAUCAAGGGGCAUAAAUAACAACAAUGAAAGUAGUACUAUCGUUAGCAGAGUUGCUAGUCUUCGUAAUAAUUUCAAUAAUGAUAACAAUAGUAGAAAUGCAAAGUUAGCGUCCGCCGCAAUCAUUAGGCCCAAAAAACUACCGCCACCCCCCCCCCAACAAAACCAGCCAUCAAAUACAUGA